AAUUAGAUUUCGACUUACAUAAAUACAAUAAUUUUAGAUAACGCAAACCCAAACCCAAACUAGACUUGGUCUAAACUGAUUCAGUGAUCCAUUUUGACUCAUUGGUUCAAGCCAUGAAUUGAGGCUAUCUUUCUUUUUCCUUGUUUCCUCAAGCUCCCCUAAAAAAAGUGAAUUAAAAAGAAAAACCCUCAAACGUUUAAUAUUGCCCCUUCGUUUAGUAGUUUUUUCACUGUAUCCCUCUUUUUCUCUCUCUCUUCCAUUGAAUUCUUCGUUGAAGCGGCUUGUGAGCUUUCUUUCCUCCAUUGAAGCAGUUUCUGAGAUUGGUAUCACAUUCAGACUUUCAGAGCUCUACCGAAGUAGUAGAAAAUGCUAUUCUUUUCGUAUUUCAAGGAAAUCGUGGGGCGUGAAGUGGUUGUGGAACUGAAGAAUGAUCUCGCGAUAAGGGGCACCCUCCGUUCUGUUGAUCAGUACCUCAAUAUCAAGCUGGAGAACACUAGGGUUGUUGACCAAGACAAGUAUCCUCACAUGUUAUCAGUGAGAAACUGCUUUAUUAGAGGUUCAGUUGUGAGAUAUGUUCAAUUACCACCAGAUGGAGUUGAUGUUGAGUUACUUCAUGAUGCUACUAGAAGAGAAGCUCGCGGCGGGUAACUCUGGCAAUGGUGAAGACUGACUUUCCUUGUACGAGCUUGUUUUUGGUGGAUCAUUAGUAGGUGCCUUUAUUUGAUGCUCUGGACCUUCUUUAUCUCUUCUGGUGCAUGUUAAUUUACCAAUUGUAAUGAUAUCUCAGCUACGUGACCCUUUACAUUUGUGAUAGUGAAUGUUUGGAAAUGCUGAUAUUAUGAGAUAUGCUUGCACAAGUGACAUGCUGAA